CCUAACAAGAUUCUGGGAGCCUCCACGUGACAGCAGCAGCAGGGCUAUAUAGUAAAAGCAGGCAAAGCAUCAGGACCAACAGCAGCAGCAGCCUGUGCACGAGCAGAGAUCCACACCGAGGCUUUCCAGGCAGACAGGAGCUCACAGACUCAGGUGUUCGAGCUAAAAGUCUGGCACCAUCAUCAUCACCAUCAUCAGUGAGCUUUUCGCGUCCACGGAGUACCAUCUUUAGACCCUGUGGAGCUGUGAAGCGAAUCCAGAGGAGCUGGAGAGGACAGAAAAGUUUCCUUCAGGAGGGAUGCUGUAUGCUCCAAGCCCACUGUGGCUCUCGGAAGGAACUUGAUCUUGCGUUCUGUUACGGAUCGGACGUUUUCCCCACUUUCCCCGCCAGGACGUUUUGAGCGCUGGUGAUCUGCGCUUCACUACAGUGUUAUGACUGAACGGCGUUAUAAAUCCGGACAGCGCGCUAAAGUUUAGAUUCUUCAGUUGGUGAAGACCGACCGCGUCGCUUUAACUCUCUCCACAGACUGCUGGGACACUUUUCCCGCGUGUUUUUCCUCCUCAUCCUCUUCGUCCAUGCUUUGUAAAAUGACUUUCCUCGCUGAUGGUCCGCCGCGCUGCCCGGCUAAUGAGUGACACACCGAGCUCCGCUUUUCCUCUCUGGAAACAUCUACACCUUCAAACCACGCAUACGGAGCCUGGAGAGGAAAACUCCUCCAACACGCUUACUGUCCCUUCUGACCCGAGUCGACAGCUCACACAGCCGCCCAGAUGCAGUUUCGACUCUUCUCCUUUGCUUUAAUCGUGUUGAACUGUAUGGACUACAGCCACUGUCAGACUCAGCCGCACCGCUGGAGGAGGAACAAAAGAGCUAGCUAUGUUUAUCCAAUCUGCAAAGGCUGCUCCGUGUGUUCGAAGGACAACGGGUGUAUGACGUGCCAGCCCAAGCUUUUCCUGUUCCUACGGAGGGAGAGGAUAAGGCAGUACGGAGAGUGUCUCCAUGUCUGCCCCUCAGGAUACUAUGGCACCCGUGGCCCGGAAAUCAACAUGUGCUCAAGAUGCAGGAUAGAGAACUGUGAGACCUGCUUCAGUAAAGAGCACUGCACAAAGUGCAAGCCUGGCUUUUACUUGCACAAAACCCGCUGCUUUGAGAAGUGUCCUGAGGGCUUUGCGCCUCUGGAGGACAGUAUGGAGUGUGGAGAGGGCUGUGAGGUAGGCCAGUGGAGCGAGUGGGGGACAUGUACCAGGAGAAACAAAACGUGUGGCUUUAAAUGGGGCUUGGAGACCCGCACCAGGCACAUUGUGAAGAAACCACCAAAGGACACAAUACCAUGCCCUACGAUUGCUGAGUCCAGGAGGUGCAAAAUGCCCAUGCGGCACUGCAGGAGAGGGGGAUCAGGGAAGCACAAAUCCAAAGACAAGAAGAAGUCCAGCAAGCAGAGGCUGCGCUUCCGGGCCCAGAACCAGCAUAGCGAUCACUUGGCCUCACUGAGAGCGAGCCAGUAAAGACUGAGAAAUCUCACAGAAGAAAGAUCAGAAAGCUGCUAGCCGCUGCUCAACACACACUAACCAUACACACACAAAUAUAGUUCCUCACCCUCAUGCUGUGCACAUACACACAUACGCUGUCUCUUUGUGCCUCCUGCUGCUUCCCCUCAUACCGGUAACACGUCCCCCAACCCGAGCCCCUUCUUGACAUCGUAGGACUGUACAGCAGCUGUGCCCACCUAGUCUGAAGAGAAAGACAAGGAGAAACAGAGCUGAAAGAGGAGCGAAGGGGAGUCAUGGACAUUAAGGUUGGAGGAUAAGCUGAUAUUAAAAAAGCAGGCACCUCAAUGAAUGGAUGAAGAGUGCAUCCAGUAACAAUGACUAAUGCUAACGUUGUGAGAGGGGGGGAGAGAGAGAGAGAGAGAGAGAGAGAGAGAGAGAAAGAAAGAGAGAGAUUUGUCUGUAUUUAUGUAAAAUUACAUGACCAUUGAAGGAGGCAGAGUAUGCCAUGUAUUGCCUUUUCUUUUGGCCUGUACAUUUUUGAGAGUACUCCAAUACAAUGCAUAGUUGCAAAGUAUUUUAUUCUCGGCACAAGAUGUUUACGUCCGGACCGCUUUAUUGCUCUAACUGUAUAUUGUGGAUAACGAAGAAUUUAGUUGUUCAACUAGCAUGGCCACAAGCUCAUGUGUACAUAGUUGGUGAGUUUAUCUAAUGAUAAUAUUAUAAUAAAAAAGUUACUGUAUUUUCAGUAUUGACUCCUUCACCGUUAAAUGUGUUAGAGAAAAGGGUUAUGAUACCAGCUACAGAUAAAAAAAGAACAAAAAAAUGAAUAACAAUAAAUAAAACAUAGCCUUCACAUAGCUAUUACAUUUAUAUGGUAUAUAUUUGAUUUAUUUAUUGAUUCAAUUUUGUACUUUUGUGUUUGGUGACAAUUUUUUGCCUCUGUAUCUGUUACACCUCUGUGCUGAAAUAUUCUUUGAAUCACUUAUAACAAUACAACUAUCUCCACCAGUGGAAGCAGUUUGUGUCUGAUAUGUCUAAUAACUGUUCUUCAGAAGAACUUCCCCUGCUUUAAGCUUUAAGCUGACCCAUUACAGAGCAGCUGAACUAUUAUAGGCAAUGGAAUGACAAUGUAUAUAUGAUGUUCUAUUAAAAAUGCAAUUCAUGUCGCCUAUGUGA